UGUUCAGAUCCUUCAGCGGAGAUCCACAACUGUUCACCAUGUCUAUGUCCCUAUCACUGUCCUCUGCCAGGCUGUCUGGUGGAUAUGGAGGUCUCGGCCUGGCUCGAGCUGGUGGAGGUGGAGGAGCAAGACUGGGUCUGGGACUAGGCGGUGGAGCUGGUUUAGGCGUAGGGCUCGGCCUGGGAGGGGGACUGGGCUUUGGGUCUGAGGGAGGUUACGGUUAUGGUUUUGGUCUCGGUGGAGGUGCGGGAGCCGGUGCUGGACUGGCACUGGGAGGUGGUGGAGCGUUGGUUGGGAGUCCAGCCUUUGCUAUGGGUCGUGCCACUGCUGCAGGCGGGCUCGGCGCGAGCUCUGCUCUCAUGGCCGGUUCGGGAUCAGGCGCUGCGUUGGCCCCGAUACUGUCCAGAGCUGCAGAGAAGCAGACGCUCUCUGGGCUUAAUGACCGCUUUUCUGCAUACAUGGGGAAAGUGCGGGCACUGCAGCAAGAGAAUGCGGCUCUGGAGGCCAAGCUGUCCCAGUUGACCGGUGGGACAGAUAUGUCCCAGGAGUCAUCCAUCACCACCACCCUAGAGUAUGAGGCCCAGCUGAUCGAAUAUCGCAUUACGCUGGAAACGCUCACCAUCGACACCGUCAAGCUGGAGAUCGAGCUGGACAAUGUUCGCGGUACCGCCCAUGAACUGAAGGCUAAGCUUGACUUUGAACAAGGAGUGAAGUUCCAGCUAGAGUCAGACAUUGCAGCCAUGAAAAAGGACAUUGAAAUGGCAUCUGACCUAAGAAUCGACUUGGAUGCCAAAUUCUCCAGCCUAAAAAAUGAACUGGACUUUGUCAGCAGGACACAGGAGGAGGAACUAUCUUCAUUGCAAUCUAAACUGGGCACUUCAACAAUGGACACUUCAGUUUCAAUGAUCGAAGUCGACACCGGAAAGUCAUUCGACAUCGCAUCGGCACUCAAUAUAAUACGAGUGGAAUACGAGAAAUCCGUUCAGCAACACAGAGAAGAGGCCGAGGCAUACUACAAACUAAAGAUGGAAGAGAUGCAAACAGCCAACGUCAAAAACACAGAGGCUGUGUCGUCGACCAAAGCUGACAUAACAAUAGCCAGAAAGGAACUGCAGACGCUGAACUUAGAGCUGCAGGGUUUUGUCGCAGCUAACAUGACUCUAGAGCAGAGUCUAGCAGAAGCCCAGGCCCAGUCCAGUGUGGGUGUGGCAGAGUACCAGGCACAGAUUUCCAGCCUCACAUCAGCCAUAGAGGUGGCUAAAGCAGAUCUCCACAAACAGAUCCUGGCCUACCAAGAGCUGCUGGACAUCAAACUCGCUUUGGAUGUGGAAAUCUCCACCUACAGAAAACUGCUGGAGGGAGAUGACUUCAAAGUGCCAGAGUUUACAGAGUCCUCCUACACUUUUUCAGCUGGUCAAGUUAAGGUCAAAGAAAUCAUAACGGAGACAUCAGUCAUCUCUGACGCUGACGAUACUGAAUCCUCUUGAAUGCUGGGAGGUGUGCGGUCAGUGCUGACUUCAUGAAUGGAGACCCCCCUGAAGACCUCCGGUCCAAACAUAUAGACCUCCAUUCAAUAAAGCUGCAUUUCUACUUUCAAACCAAUUUUUGAUACUUGUGCAAUCUUUCUUCAGAAGGCCCUUCAGAAUGUUAACAUGAAUGCUGUUGCGUGCAUAAAUGGUCAUAUUGCUUAAUAAGACACUUUGCAACAACAAUGUUUGUUAAAAUGACGUAUUAUACAAGAUCUUUUAGUUGCAGGUAUUUUUUGCAGAACUUUGACGUCAAAGUUUGCAGAAAGAAACACCUAAUUAUGGCCAC